AUGUAUAUCUCCUCUCGCUUUAACCUCUUCGUAGUCGCACUUAUCGCACUCGUUUCCUUUUGCACAGCGCGCACAACAAUCACAUCCCAAAGCUGUUCCACUCGGUACUGCGCCAACCCUACCAAGGUCUUUCGUACCACCAAGACUAUCCACAAAACCGUGCGGUACACCGUAACUCGCUGGAAGAUCUCUACAAAAUAUAGGUCGACUCAUACACUCACGUCUACAAAAUAUGCUACGACGACCAGUUAUGCGACGAGUACUUUGAGGACUGUUACAAUUAUCAUUGGGACUACUACACGUACUCAGACUUUGGUUAAUUCGGUUUAUGCGACUGAGCCGUAUACGAUAACCAGCGUGAGGACUAUUGUUUCGACACCGACUUAUACCGUUCCUGCGGCGUCGGGAUUUUUGGCUGUGGAUAAUGAUCCGGACAAUUCCGCUUCGCCGGAAUACACCGCGCUCCCAGAGCCCGAUCGAAAACGAGAUAUCAAUGUUGAUAUCAAACCUCGCGAUCCGGCGAAUAAAUACGCCGCCGCGGUAACCUGCACGAAGACCCUCAUCACAAAGACUGGCACAAGUGAUCUAUGGAAGACAACAACCAAGACGGCUGGUGUAACUACAAAGCUGGUGUACAAAACUUUAACAAUCACUCGGACUGCGACUAAAACUGUGACUGCAAAAAAUGCGCCGACUACUCGUGUCAUAGUUACCAAAUACACAAGCAUUUUUGGUACUUCCACUACGACAAUCUGGACAAUGAAUCCCAUUACUGUUUCGACGACUGUUUCUUUAACAUCCCAAGCAACGACGACGGUUUAUGCGGCCUGCGCUAAUAGUAACAUAACACCGGAUUACGUUAUUAAUCCUCCCAGGGCUUUGAGCAAUUACGGCCCUGCCCCGGAGGAAAAAGUAGUUGAAAUUAUUGCGGAUGGUUCACCAGAGACUUGCUGCAUGUUAUGCCACACUUACAGCGGGCCAGGAAAAUGUAUGGGUAGUAUUUACAACUUCCGUGGUGCAGAGAUUCCAGAGGAAGAUUGUCCUGACGCCUUCAGGGACGGAGUUUUCCUCGGUUGGGAGUUUUGUCCAAACGAUCCGGAUGAUUGGAUGAGAUGUCAACUUAUCAUCUCUGAAGAUGAGGAGGCUACUUGUCGGACCCACGGGUUUGAAUUGAUACCUUAUGUUUUUGGAAAGACUCGGAUGAAGGAGAUUAGCAAUGGGCCGGGGUGUGCGAGGUAUAAAUACCAAGUACCUUCGGUUCCAGUGCCCUAG